AUGGCGACGGCGAAUGAAGCUGAGGAUACCGCGGCCGGGGAGAUCCGUGGCCCACUGCAGCCGGGGGAUGGCGCCGUGGCGGCGCUGUCGGCUGCCGAGGCACGGCCAGCGGCGCGUCCACCUCCAGGAAUAGGGAGCCUUUCUGAACAAGAGGGCGACAGCAGGCUGAUCCAGGCAGCUCAGCUGGGGGCGCUGGAGCAGUUACGCCUGUUGAUGGCGGCAGGGGCGGACGUCAGGAUGAGGGACGCGUCCAGGCAGACUGCCCUACAUUGGGCAGUAGACAAGGGACACCUGCAGGUGGCGAGGUGUUUGUUGGAGGGCGGGGCCGAGGCUGACGCCAGGGACAGUGGGCAGAGCACACCCGUGCAUGUGGCUGCACUGUACGGCCACACGGCUCUCGUGCAGCUACUGCUGGAGUGGAAAGCCGACCCCAACGCCAGGAACGAGUUGGAGAGGACACCUCUGCACUCUGUGGCAGUCUUUAGCCACGAAGAGUCGGCAGCUGCACUGCUCGAGGCAGGGGCCGACAGAGAGGUCAGCGACGGAGGUGGGAACACCCCUCUGCAACUCGCCAGCCUGUACAACCAGCAGAAACUCGCUCAGAUGCUAACAUAACA